UCGGCCGGAAGUCGGGAGUUGGGGGUCCGAAGAGGCCGGCUUGUGACAGGGAGGGGGAGAAGGAGGCCUGUGUGGAGAUUGCGCCUCAGUCCCUUGACCUCCUGGGACCCUCAGGAAAAACCCAGCAUCCUGGCCCCGCGGCCAGCCCCUUCCCCCAGGCUCUCUCCGCUCGAUUUCGCCACCGUUAUGUGGGAAGCGAAUCCGGAGAUGUUCCACAAAGCAGAAGAGCUCUUUUCCAAAACAGUCGACAGCGAGGUGGAUGAGAUGGACACAUCAGACACCCAGUGGGGCUGGUUCUACCUGGCGGAGUGUGGGAAGUGGCACAUGUUCCAGCCGGAUACCAACAUUCAGUGUUCAGUUAGCAGUGAAGAUAUCGAAAAAAGCUUCAAAACAAACCCUUGUGGCUCCAUUUCUUUUACUACUUCCAAAUUCAGCUACAGGAUAGACUUUGCAGAAAUGAAGCAGACGAAUCUCACCUCUGGAAAACAGCGUCUAAUAAAAAGAGCUCCCUUUUCCAUCAGUGCUUUCAGUUACAUCUGUGAGAACGAGGCCAUCCCCAUGCCCGCGCACUGGGAGAACGUGAACACCGAGGUCCCCUACCAGCUUAUUCCUUUGCACAACCAAACGCAUGAGUAUAAGGAGGUUGCCGGUCUCUUUGGGAGAACGAUGGAUCGCAACAGAAUUAAAAGAAUCCAGAGAAUUCAAAACCUAGACCUGUGGGAGUUCUUUUGCAGGAAGAAGGCUCAGCUCAAGAAAAAAAGAGGCGUGCCUCAGAUUAACGAGCAAAUGCUGUUUCACGGCACCAGCAGCGAGUUUGUGGAAGCGAUUUGCAUUCAUAACUUUGACUGGAGGAUAAACGGUAUUCACGGUGCUCUCUUUGGAAAAGGAACGUACUUUGCCAGAGAUGCUGCUUACUCCAGUCGCUUCUGCAAAGAUGACAUAAAGCACGGAAACACGUUCCAGAUUCACGGCGUCAGCCUGCAGCAGCGGCACCUGUGUCGAACCUACAAAUCCAUGUUCCUGGCGCGUGUGCUCAUCGGAGACUACAUCAACGGGGACUCCAAGUACAUGCGCCCCCCUUCCAAAGACGGGAGCUACGUGAACUUGUACGACAGCUGUGUGGACGACACCUGGAACCCGAGGAUCUUCGUGGUGUUUGACGCCAACCAGAUCUACCCUGAGUACUUAAUAGACUUCCAUUGAUCUCACUUCCACGUUUCAGUGGUCACGGACAUUCCGUUCUUUUUCCGCAGGGGGAUUUGAUCUCCAGCUACUAAAAUGUUAAUUAGCUGAUGCUUCUGAAGCAGAUAAGAAAGAAAAAAGUGGCCUCCCUAUAAAAAGACACGCUGACGCCGUGGCUGGUUUUUUGUCUUUCUGGUUUUGUCCAUUACGAGUCGUGUUUGUUCCUUGUGUUUGUUAGCGACGGACACCGACGGGGAAGACAGCCCUCGAAACUGAACCAGCCGAGUCACUCUGAGUCUUGGAAGUUUACGGGUGUCUUUUCAGGGUCAGUGUUUUCAGUCCAGAUAGACUUAUUCCUAUACGUGUCCAAAAACUAAAAAUACAGACAUGAACGCUCCCCUUCAGAGGAACCGGCCCUUUGUAAAUUGAAUUCUGAAACUGCUGUCCACCCAUCAGCACGUGGCUUUGUUGGUCUUCUGAAGGGGGCGUUUAAAACCUCAGAGCAGCCUGACUCCUGAAGAAGUCAGCAACGAGAGCCUGGUUUGCAGGGCUGCCAGACAAGGCAGAAGGAUGAAGCCGAGACCGGGUGCCCUGCUCCGGCUGCCUCGGAUGGCGGGCGGGCGGGCAUCAGACUGCCUCGCUCUCACCAUGCACUCCUGUCUCCCAGCCUCACUGACACCCGCAACAGCCCGGAAUCAGCCUGCACGUCACCCACCAGAGCUCCUGAAUUCUCGCCUAAGACUGACUGCACGAGUGUUUACUGCAACCUCCAAGUGAAACUUUUAUUUAUUAUUUAAAACAUUUAUUUUCCCUUUGUUUCAGGUCCCUACAAUGAUUGUCAGACAUUGUAAUCUGCUCCCCCCCAUAGCUAUUCAGCAAUGAGUUGUAAAAUUCACACUUCUACAUUUUAUCUCACUUGAUGAUUUUAUUUUUAAUGAAGGGACUGAGGACUGAACCCAGGACCUUGUGCAUGCUAAGCACACACUCUGCCACUGAGCUACACCCUCCCCACCAUCUCCCCACUUUGAAUCACUGCAGCAAGCAUGGGAUGCUUGGAACAAAUCCUGUUUAUUCUUUUGAGUAGCAAUUGACAAUCUGCUAACUCUUGAAAAGUUAGGUACAAUUCAUAAAUCGUGCUUAGUGGAAGUUUGUUUCCCCGUUCUGUCUGUGUUGCUGUUCUAUUUUAAGGAGGAAUAAGUAAUGUCAGAACAGCUUCCUGCCCCUGAAAGUAUUCCAGCAGAGGCUGGACAACAACUUGGCAGAGAUGUUACACAGGAGUCCAGGUGUCAGUGGAGGAAUUGGCCACAGGAUUUUUAAGAGCUUUUCCAACCUAGAUUUUCUAUGAUUCUACCUAAAAAAAAAGAAGAAAAGAACACUGUCUUUUUUGGAAAACCUUUUCUAACUCAGUUUAAUACUAAAUUCUCGCUCCAUUAUCCUCUCCUAGUUUUGGCUGGAAGGUAGUGAGGGUAACUUAACUUCUCAAGAAAAACCCACGUUUCUGAGGCUCAGCUCCAGCAUGUGAACUGGGCAGGCGUCUAGAAAUGAUACAAAUACGGAGCAUGGAGCAAGAUUAGGUAGUUCUUCAACUGCCCCAGAUCCCCAGGUUCUCCGCAGAGCCCAGGAUACACGUGAUUGUGCCGUGGAAACUAAGUGGCACACGGCACACAGGGAAGGCAUGUCCAAGUUAACAACAAAGACUUCCUGACUCUGAUGUGCAGACGGACAGCCGGUUUAGAUGAAGGGCACGUUUUGGAGGCACCAGGAUGCCAUAGUGGAAACGAUGGCGGGAAAGUCACCAGGCUGCCUCGUGAGACACAGCACACAGCCACUCCCAGCUCGCUCACAAAAAUCCUGUUAGAGACAUUAGGAUUUCAGACCUUGAAAAUCUUUUUCUUCUACUUAUUUGUUAUUUGCAUACCAAAAAAUGUUAAAAUAGCCCCGCCUUAAAUAUGGCUAUCUUUUUUUUCCAAUUUAACUUGUUUGCCUCUCCCAUCACUCGAAUGGGAUAACUUUGUAGCUUUCAGGGGUUGUUACUCUGUUAGACACAAGCAGGUCCUGCCCCCAGGAGGCUAAGAGCAGGAGGCUGAAACUUGCGAGGCACCCUGCGUGAACGCUGACCCUCACUGUUGGCCCCCCUGCUCACGCGGACCUUGUAAGAGAGAAUGUAGCGCUAUUCCUGAGAGCGUUCUCCAGCUCCCCUUGAAAAAGAAAGAGCGGAUGUUGAUCGACUUUUAAAACAACAGCAUAGAGUUAAUGGAUGUUAGAGCUCUUGUUUUUGGUCAGUAGAUUGAGCUGAGGAUCGUAUUGUCAGGAUGUCCCGAGACUGGAACCAACCGUUUGCCGUGUUUUCCUCUGGUCAUCACGUGGGGUGUGGAAGGGGGGCUGGAGAGACUAUUCCAGAUCCUCGAAUAAAUGAUUUUCAGAUUCUGCAGGAAAAACA